AUGAGCGACUUGGUUGGCCGCAAGGCGACAUGUAUGACCGCGGUAAUAAUCUUUACAGCUUUCUCAGGGGGCUGUGGAGCAACACAAACAAUGACCCAGUUAAUCGUGUGUCGGGCAUUCCAAGGAAUUGGCGGCUCGGGGAUAUACUCAAUCUCAAUGGUCAUGAUAUAUGAAUUGGUUCCACCGCCAAAAUAUCCAUUAUAUACCGCUUCAGCCAUUGCUUUGGUCGCGCUAGGGAACGCCAUCGGGCCUAUAUUUGGUGGGCUCAUAACGGAGAAUACGACAUGGAGAUGGGUAUUUCUACUCAAUAUUCCUAUUGGCGUCCUUUCCGGCGGCCUGCUACUUUUCACAGUACCCCGUGAUUUUCCAUAUCAAGGAAACAAUGAGCCAAGGCAACGACCUCGCCUUGAAAAUGUUGAUUUUCUUGGGGCACUCUUGAUGCUUUCCGCAGUGGCACUGAUAGUUAGCGGGUUUGAACAAGCAGCUUCUCUCCUCUCUUGGAGGACCGCAAAGGCUCUUGGGCCCCUGUGUGCCUCAGCAGUUGCGUGGAUAGCCUUCUUUGCAAGCCAAUAUUGGCACGAUAAUCGCCUCCAAAACCCCAUACAGCCUGUAUUCCCAUGGAGGUUCUGUCAGAACCGGGUAAUUCUGGGUUUAAUCAUAUCUUCAUUCAUGUUUGGCGCCGUCAGUAUUACAUUUGUCUUCCAACUUCCUAUCCGCUACCAGAAUGCUGUAGAUCUGAGUCCUUUACAAGCGGGACUCAGGUUACUCCCAUUUUCAUUGACCGGACCUGUUGGAUCUAUCAUCGCUGCUAGUCUGUCCAAAUACCUCCGGAUUCCUCCGAUAUACCUUAUGAUAUGCGGGAGCAUUUUACAAAUAUUGGGUAUUAUCUUUGCGUCACGAGCACCUACCGGUAAACUGGAUUGGAAUGGCUUGUAUGGCCUGGAGGUGGUUGUCGGCUUAGGGUUCGGAUUCUGUUUAGGGGCCGCCACCCUGCUUACUCCGUUCGUUCUGGAGAAACGUGAUCUAGCUGUUGGCACGGCAGCUACCGUCCAGUUUCGGUUUUUUGGAGGCGCUGUAGUAGUCUCCAUAGUCACGGCGGUAGGGAACAGCUGGAUCAAGAAUUCUUUGUUGGGCUCAUUGGAACCUCAGGAGAUAAUGUCUAUUUUCAGAUCGACCGAUUUCAUCAGAACUCUCCCAGAAAAUCUGCAGGCCACGGUACGAGAAGAUUUUGCUGAGAGCUUCAAUUUGCAAAUGCGAGUCGUGCUUGGCUUUGCUGUUGCUGGGACUUUAACUACAUUGCUAAUGUGGCAGAAAUCCCAGGUUAGGGUUCACUAA